AUGGUGCUGGACUACAGUAAAUGGGAUGCUCUCGAGCUUUCAGACGACUCGGAUAUAGAAGUCCAUCCAAAUGUGGACAAACGGUCCUUUAUCCGUGCAAAGCAGAACCAAAUCCACCAGCAACGACAGCAACGCCGCCAUGAGAUUGCGACUCUAGGAUACGAGAGAAUCAUAAACGACGGCCUCCUGAAGCGGAUUGACAGCCUCUUGACGGCCCUCAAGAAACAUGAGAGCGACUCUAGAAAUCCUGACGAGCUCGUUUUCCAGGCUCUGAUCGAGUCCGCUGGCGACCCAAAGGAGGACCAGCCACCAGCUCCGCCAGAGAAUGUCCAUACGCAGGGGACCCAGCCCAAGUAUUCACAGAUGAUGGGGUCGUUGGUAGACCAGGUUAAGAAAGAGCUGGAUGAGUCGAGGCCAGAGAACAGAUAUCAAGCAUUCAUCACCGGGGUGGAAGGCCACAAGACCAAGGUACUUGACCUCCAACAGCAGCUCCUAGAGAAGCUGGCUCAACUGGAGAAGGAAGAAAGCAAGAAGAUCACCAGUGAUAGUAUACACACCGGCUUUGACAGCUCCUUUGUCUCGUCGUCCAAGAGCAAGUCUGAGCCAAAGAAGCCCAAGGAGGCUACUGUGGAACUCCUCAAUCCUGGAUGCGCAGAUAACAUGGAUGCUGUCUCCUCAGGUGCGGAAGCUGAUGUCGAAGACGGUGAAGGAGGAGGAGAAGAAGAAGAAGAAGAAGGAAGUAUAACGGUCCGGCCCCUGACGAAAGAGUUUGCAAAGCAUAAGAUUGGAGACUACCGCGAAGCAUACUCUUUCCUCACCGAUCACCCAGAGCUAUUGGCGGAGAAAAGGACAGACGAACUCUUGAUGGAAGCAUUUAAUGCUCAGAUGGCUGGUGAUGAAGAAUACGCCCGCCAGUGUGUUCAUCAUGGCCUACUAUUACAAUACUGCCGUUCUCUGGGUAAAGAUGGCGUUGCUCUCUUCUUUAAACGGAUCACCACGGAAGACCAUCGCGCUGGUGUGAUGUUCCGUGAUGAUGUUAACGAUACUUACAACCGCAUCAAGACACGUGUAAAGGAACUUGCCAAAUCAUCCAACGAGGGCCCAUCGGAGGUCGAGCAAAUCCAACUUCACGCAGUUGACCCAUCGACUCAGCUAAAUAUCUCUAUCCCUCCUGCCGAUAGCAAGGAAGAGGCUCAUAUCGCUGCUCGGGAGAUUUUCAACAGCUUCCCACCCGGUCUCCAGAAAGCGUUGGAGUCUGAAAGCUUGGAUGAGGUGAACAAGGUGCUGGGUAAGAUGAGCGUGGAAGAAGCAGAGGGCGUCGUUGAAAAACUAGGAGAAAGUGGCAUCUUGACAGUCGAGCAAGGAAUCGUUGACGCGACCACAGAGGAAGGCAAACAGUGGUUGCAGGAACUCGAGGCGGAAGGAAAAGGGGGAGCAAAAGCUCCAGAGGCUAGCAAGGAGGAAAUCGGGGACCCUGAAUGA